GAGAGGAGCACACAAUACAAAUCACACAUCAAAUACUCAAAUAGUUCAGAAACUCACAAACUUCUCGACAAACACCUUUUUGCUUCAGUUAGAAGUAGUUCCCCACAUAAAUAGAAAUAUUUCUUUCUAAUUUCGAUUCAUAGUUGUAGAAAAUAUAUAUAUACAUAGAAGAUAAACUGUAUAUAUAUAUUAUAGAAAUUUUUUUUAGUUUUUUUUUUUUUUUUGUUUAGAAUAUAUUAAUAUAGAUAGAAAUCGAAAUUUUAAAUUGAUUGUUGUUGCACCAUGGCCCGCAACCCACAAGCAGCCAAAGCUGCCACCCAGGGACUUGUUGCCGCACAUGCCAGCAGCGUUGCGUAUGUGCAGUGCCAGAAUCUCAAGUACAACGCCAUUAUCAUAGGCUGGCUGGGCGUCAUCAUAUCGAGCGUGAUGAUCUUCAGCUCCAUGAUGCUCAUCAAUAUGCAGGCCGAUGUCCAAGUGUUGGUCAAGCAAAUCCUGCUACAGCAGGCAACAGAUAAGGAAAUACAGCUCUUAAUGAAUCUACUGGCUGCUUUCAGUACAGUCGCCUACGGCAUGUCCUUGAUUAACCUGGGCGUCAGCCUCCUCCUGUUGAUUGGUGUGGCGCGGGACUCGAGCGGCCCACUGUACCCUUGGUUGAUUUUCCAUGGCGUUGUGUUUGGCUUUGGCCUCUACAUCGGCAUAUUCUACGCCCUGGCUGGCCUAUUUAUAGACCUCUCUAGUUUCUUAAUGUGCCUGUUGGUCUUUACGCUUGUGUUGGUGCUCUAUUAUAAAAUCUAUCAUGAGGUCUUUACUCUGUUCCGCGUCAUGCAAGAGCAGAAUUCACGCAAUGCAAAGUUCUGUCAGGAUGCUGAGCAUGUCUUCGCCUCUGGCGUUCCCUAUUCGCCCUUAUAUAUGCCUCCGUUUCCAUUCAAGCCAUAAAUACAUACAACAAUUAGGGAGUAGCUGCAGCCUCAAUUUGUCGUUUUACAUGUUAACUAAAUGUCUGGUCUAAAAUAAUAAACAUCGAUUGGAUUUUGUUUUA